AUGCACGCAUACCAACACCCGCCCAUCUGCGAAGCGUACUACAGGGCAAACUUUCCACCCCACAUUCCCACCCAGCCGAUCAUCACCGACCAGUCCGCAUUCAUGCACCGCAUCCCAGCCCCGGGCCCCUGUCGUCCGUUCCCGCAGUCGCAGUUCAAUCCGUCCGUCGCCCGCCAGCUGCUUGCCCAGCUCACCGCGUUCGUUGAGCCGCUCGGCUGCCGCGCCUUCUCGGAUGCGGUUCACAUCAUCGCAGCUUCUGACCGUCCGAUGCUCGAGGUGUGGGAGGUCGACGUCCUGCACAACCUCCACAAGUUCACCUGGCAGUAUUGGGGGUACUCCCUUGGCGAGGCGGUAGAUGCGUUGCUCGAGCACUUGCCGGCGCAAGAGGUGGCCAUUGAUCCAGAGGCGUGGAAAGGACUGAAGCAAAGGGUAGUUCUGGCGCGACGAUUCGCCAUCGAAAGAGGGGCAUUGCAAGCACAAGUAGCCAGGGACGUGGUGGUGAAGGAAGAGCCGGAGGAAGCGAAGGUGCUGGUUAAGCAGGAAGAACAGGAAGAAGUCAAGGUGGUCGUCAAACAAGAAGUUCAAGAAGAUGAACAUACCCUAUUCAUGAGUGCCGGCGACGUCGUAGACGAGCGUGCCAUAGACAAUAAGGCGUACUUGAGACACCCGCGAGAAGGCGUGGAAAACUUCAUGCAUUUCCUGAGGUCUGCGCGGAUCAAGUUGGAAGCACGUACCGCUGGCCUUGGUGCUGGCUCCUGA